UUUACUGCCACUAUUCAAGACGAAUUACCGCAUCAGACCGUAGUCUAUCGUGAAUGUUGACGAAUAUACUCCGUGUUACUUUAAUCCAAAAAGAACGUGCAUCAAACAAAAAUAAACCCUCCUCGAAACCUCGUUUACAUUCUCUGUUUUACUAGUAUUUCUUCAAUCUUCAUCGACGACAGACGACGUCAACCAAACCCAAAUGCUACUUGCACUAGGGCUUAACUAACCUCACAUCACAACCCAGUUGAGUAGGGGAAAUUGGAAGGAGAAGAAGAUGAAGCUGAAGCAGUUGGAGGGUUUGCUGGGCUCUCUUGAGCAAUUCUACAAUCCUAAGAUCGAAUUGGAGCAGUAUCCAACUGGGUCCCACAUUGCCUCUCGUAUGCUUUACACUGCCGAAAAUUCAUUUGGGGAUGUGACGAAUAAAGUGGUGGCAGAUUUUGGUUGUGGCUGUGGUACAUUAGGCAUUGCUGCUGCUCUCUUGGGUGCACAACAUGUUGUUGGGUUGGACAUCGAUGCUGAGUCUCUUGAAAUUGCAUCUGAAAAUGCUGAUGAGCUUGAGUUAGACAUGGAGUUUGUUCAAUGCGAUAUCAGAAACUUAAGAUGGGAAGGCCAAAUUAUUGAUACUGUGGUCAUGAAUCCUCCUUUUGGAACACGAAGAAAAGGAGCAGAUAUGGAUUUUCUCUGUGUGGCUUUGAAGGUUGCUUCUGAAGCAGUUUAUUCCUUGCAUAAGACGACAACCAGAGAACAUGUGAGGAGAACAGCCUUGCGAGACUGCCAUGCUAGCAGUGCAGAGGUUUUGUGUGAGCUCCGAUAUGAUGUGCCACAUCUGUAUAAAUUUCACAAGAAAAAGGAAGUUGAUAUUGCUGUGGACCUUUGGCGGUUUGUUCCAAAGAAGAAUCAGUAGAAGCGGGCGACGGGAAUGCAGUGCGAUACCGUGAUUGAGUAAAUUUAUGAUGGUUUGUUCCCUUUCUUUGGGUCAUGUUCUGAAUUCUAAUUAGGUUCGAAUACUUGUAGAACAAGCGAAGGGAAGAUGGUUCAUGAAUCCUAGCGAGAGGAGUUCUUUAUGUUUCCUUGUCCCAUCUAUAACUUAGCAACAUCUUUUUCUUCACGGGCUUCGACGGCAAGGGAUCUUGCAAAACUUACUGCAUGUGAUCCAAGUUUCUUGUGAUGGAAUGUGAGAUAAAUCAUACUGGCAAAGUUUAGAAUUUGGGUCUUGAAUAUUAUGCAGUUAGUGGGGUGCCGUGCAAACGUUCAUUGACACAUUUCAAUUUAACAGUGAAAUUAUAUAUUCUAAUAUAGUAAUAUUUUCUU